UUUCCCGACACUCUCAUUGCGGACACUGCAGCUCCUUCUGAAGGGGAAGGGGGUGGGGAAGCUGGACGGUGCUCAGUCUGUCAGGGACUGACACAGAAUCUGGAGCUAGCCAUGUCUCUGCUUGGCCUCUUCCUCUCGCUCCUCCUCAGCAGCGCCUCAUCCAGCACUUUACCCCGACUCAAACUGGAUCUGAGCGUGGAAAUUCAAGAUCGUUUCCAGUUUCCCUCAACUGAGGAAUAUACAACCACGCUCCGAGAGGGAAGCACUGUUUAUGUUGGUGGGAAAGAAGCUCUUUACCAGAUAAAGUUUGAAGAAGCUCCCAGAUUGAUACAAAAGAUUUCAGUGCCUGUGGAUGACGAAUCCAUGUCAGAAUGCAAAAAGAAGAACUUGGCAUACUGUGAGAAUAUUAUCAUGGUCCUGCAAAGAUUCAACAGAACUCGUCUUCUUUUGUGUGGAACCAAUGCCCGGAAUCCACGAUGCUGGUCACUUAAUAACAAAAAUUUGAGUCAAAUCAUCAAUGGAGGAGGACGCUCCGUAGGACGAGGAUUAUGUCCUUUCACUCCAAAACACGGCUUCACCUCAUUGGUUGAAGGAGAAAAAUUCUACUCAGCUGCCCCUGUAUUUGAGAAUGGAAAUAUAAAUCUUCGAAGGUAUAUGGAACAGAGUCCGUCAUGGUUACUUUCUGUUGAUGAGUGGCUGAAUGAUCCCAGUUUUGUGGGAAUGUCACCAACUGGUGACCAUGUUUUGAUGUUCUUCCGGGAAAGGAAUUUGUCAGAAAACCUGGACAUUGACCCCUGGAUAUCACGGAUUGCUUGUGUGUGUAAGGAUGAUAGAGGUGGCUCUCGAUUCCACCUGCAAAGUAAGUGGGCAACCUUUCUGAAAGCUCGCUUACUGUGUAACAUUCCUUCUGAAAACGUCCAUUUCAACAGGAUUCAAGACGUCUUUGUUACUCAGAGCAAAGACCGAAUUUAUGGAAUUUUCCAGAGUAACUGGAAUGGAUCAGCAAUCUGCAUGUACUCCAUGGAGGACAUUAAUAAUGUGUUCAGUACUUCCACUUUUAAAGGAUUCACUGAAGCUAUUCCUGAUCCAAGACCUGGAACGUGUGGGACUAAUACUCAAGAACUGCAAAGUAAUGUACUGAGCGUAGUGAAACACUAUCCUGAAAUGGAGAGUCUAAUCCAUCCCAUUGGAAAAAGUCCCCUCGUCAUCCAGAAUGAGGAUCUUUUCAAGAAAAUCGUCGUGGAUUCUGUUGUUAGCUUCAAUGGAACAGUGUUCUACGUCCUUUUCCUGGCUAUGGGAGAUGGUAAAAUCCAGAAAGUUCUGGAAAAUGGACAGUCAACCUUCAUCAUUUCAGAACUUACAAUUCUAAAGGAGCCAGGACCAAUCUCAUCAAUGUCCCUAGACUCUGAAGCUAAACUUCUGUAUGUUACCACUGCUAAAGAGGUAGUCCGGUUCCCACUGGUGCAGUGUGAAAAAUAUAAUAAGAGCUGUGAGAGCUGCAUCAUGGCCAGAGACCCCUACUGUGCUUGGAAUGCCAGAGAGAAGAAUUGUGUCCACAUCACACCUCACUCUGGAAACCUUAUCCAAGAUCUUGAAAAUGGUGAUCCCAAGAAAUGUCCUUCAGAAAAAGUUGCAUUUUAUCAUUCUUCAGCGAGAGAGAGUCAAAAUGAGCAUACCGAUCUCGUCCUGGAGGGAAGUGGCUCAGUGUACCUUUCGUGCCCAAAGCAAUCCCAUCAUGCACGUUACUCAUGGAGGGUGCAGGGUCAGACACAGGACUGUUCUUCGAAUGAAGAUGAAUGCCUUUUCUUCAUAAGCAACCUUGCAGAAUAUGGAGGUAGCUCGUACCGAUGUGUUUCAAGUGAAAAAGGACUUGAGCAGUUUCACACAUCAUAUUUGAUUAAGGACAGUGGAUCGUCGAUAUGUUUAUCCAGAUACAAUAUUGCUGUCUACUCUGUUUUCAUGAUAGUUGCAGCUGUCUUCUUGCACUGAAUUUGAGCAAUGACACUCUCUCUUGUCCUCUUGCAGCAGAGAUUGGAAAUAACUUGUCUGUGCUUCUAGUUUGGAUUGCUGCUGCGAUGUAUUUAGGGUAAAGUCACUGAAAUAUUCUGAAUAGCUCUACCUCAAUGGCCAAGUGACUCAUCAAAGGAAGGUUGAAGGUCAGAUGAUCUCCAUCAUUAUCUAUUUGGGAAUUGCAAUUAAUCUUUGGAUCCUCUGUGCAAUAAUACAUUAGAUUCUUUCAAAGAUUAAAUCUAAAACCAUUUAUAAAUUUACAGCUCUGCUCUUUACAGGACAAAUUUAUUCCAAAUCUUCAUUUCUGUUGCAUAAUUGGCUCCUUCAGGAGAAGUCAGGCCAGUAAUUGUUUCGGUUUGUUUUGAUUGGCUUGAUUUGUGAGAGAGGUUUGUUCUGAUAUUCACCUCCCCUUAUCCAGCAAGUUGCACGUCACCUUUUUUGAUGCAUGCUUCCUGUUUUCCCUCAAUUACUGUUUAUAGACAAAGGGGUUAGAUUCUACUUGUUAAUCCCUACAACCUUUUAGUGUUUACUAGUGCUGAUAAGACAUCAGAGGAUGGGAAGUAAGAAUGGGCAAUGUUUUAGGUAGUACCACAAAUGCUAUUCAGAAGAAGUCCUAUCAGAUGCAAAACAUCAACUUUGCUCCUCUCUGCACGCUUACUGACAUAUGUGCUGAAUGUUUCCAGGACUUUGAGACGGGUUUGACUGGGGAAAUGUUGAGAAGAUGUUUACACUAGUGGGAGAAUCUCAAAUUAGGGGACAUUGUUACGGAAUAAAGGACACUCGUUUAAAACUGAUGCACAGUAACAAAAGGUGGCAUGGUGGCUGAAUGGUUAGCACUGCUGCCUCACAAUGCCAGGGAUCCAGGUUUGCUUCCAGCCUUAGGUAACUGUCGAUGUGGAGUUUGCACAUUCUCCCUGUGUCCGUGUGGAUUUCUGCUGCUGCAGAGAUGCGCAGUUCGGGUGGAUUGGCCAUGCUAAAUUGUUCCGUAGGGCACAGGGAUGUGCAGGCUAAAUGGAUUAACCAAGGUAAAUGCAGGGUUACAGGGAUAGGGCACGGGCUGGGUCUGGGUGGAGUGCUGUUUGGAGGGUCGGUGUGGACUUGAUGGACUGAAUGGCCUCCUCCUGCACUGCAGGGAUUCUAUCUUCUCCCAGAAGUUAGUGAAUGCCUGGAAUUUUCUCCCCCAGUGAGUUGUGGAGGCUGGAUCGUUGAAAGAGAAGCUUGAUAGAUUUUUGAAAUAGUUGAGGGCUAUGAGGAAGUGGCACGAAAGAGAAAUUGAGGCCUGUGGAAGAUUAACUUUGAUCUUGUUGAACGGAUAUGUGUGAGAGGCCGAGUUGUCCUUUUCAGUGACUGGUAUACACGCAGGUCUCGUUGGACCUCUCCUUUUCUCAUCAUCACUUGGAUAAAUUUGCUUUUACUACCAAAUGGAUAACGUUACACGUCCACAUCUUACAUUCUCUCAGUGUGACGGCCAAAUACCAUCUGCUGCACCUGCAAGCUUACUUUACAUGACUGGUAUCAUCUUAAAUACUACAACAAAACCACUCCCUUAAUCAUUUCUAAUUCCUUGAGGGAUUACAAGCCUGUCACCUAUCCUGAUCAUUUUAUCUGUUUAGUCAGAAAUAUUGUUCUGUGAGCUCUUCCCCGUCCUAAGGGUUUGUGGAUAAGGAAACACUGCUCCUAUCUUUGAAGGAGUGAAUCAACAGCGAGAACAAAUGUAAACUACAAACCAGGGAAAGUUUGGACAUUGAGGCCUCCCUAAUGACUCUCUGAUGCUCAGAAGGCUGCUUUUAGAUCCAGUACAACCAAAAUAACUUUCAAAAAGAGAAGUGAGCAAAAAUUGAUGAAGUGUUAAAUGGAUAGAUUGCCAGCGAAGUUUAAAUUACCACUUUAAAAUCGCUGUCAUAUUGAACUCUGUUAGGCAAUCUCCCCUUGCACCCUCGGGACCCCAUCACCAAUUAAAAUUCACUGUGGGAUUCCCAUUUUGCCCUUACAGGCUCAUUUUGAAAGAGGUUUGCAAGAGUGGGGACAGUCCCCGAACAUACUGCUCCUUUCUGCUGGUACGAUUACUGAUACUGAUUGCUAAACGUUCUUCAUUUGACCCAAUAUCUUCCCUCAUUGGCCGGGAUUAAAGUAGACUGUUUCUGAGUAUCCACAAACAUCAAAUAAUUGGAAAUUAAGUUUAUUUCAGAAUAGGGAACCCAACAGCCAUCAAAUACUGAAAUCAUUAUUAAGAUCAUUUCUAUUUAUAGGAAGCAGGGAUCUAUGUAAGUGUGAAUGUGCUUAAUACCAUGCUGUGAUGGUAAGGAAUUGUAAAGAAAUGGUGAAGGAGCAGGGGUGAGAAAGCUCAUGGGUGAUAGCAUUGUUCUCCUUUCUGUUCAUUUCUUCAAAUAUUCUAACUCAGAAGGUGAAAAUGUAAAUCCCAUUGGCAUGGUGGGUUGACAUAUUGAGCAUGGAACUAACAACAGAGGGAGAAAGGUAUAGAAAGUUAUGCUGAUAGGAUCAGAUGCUGAAGAAUGGGAGGAAACUUGCACUGGUGGAGAGACAUCACUUCCACUGGAUCAACGUCCUGGAACCUCCUUCAUAACCACACUGUAGGUGUACAUGCACAAUAUGGACUGUAGCUAUGAGAAGGCAGCUUAAUACCACCUUCUCGGGCAAUUAAGGAUGGAUUAAUAAAUGCUGGCCCAGCCAGAGACAUGAAAUGGACAGGAGAGGCCAGGCUCUACUGUGAUGCACCCACAGUUCAAUAGUUACUGCAGCUCAAGGAUACUGAUGUGAGCAUCAUAUCUAUCUUUUUUUGAGCUGGCUGCUUUCAGAAAAAGACAGGAAAGUUGGGAAAACUCAGUGCAUGACAGCAGAGACUGUGUAACAAUACUGAAAUGUCGUGAUAUCCUCUGUAUUGGAUCCACUGGAGUGAUUCUUGGUAACCCAAUGCUGAAGCACAGGAGUUGCUUCGGUGAAAUGCAUUUCAUGUUCCUAUGACAUCCUGAAACAGCCCAAGGUUUGAAGCUACGUGUUAAACCUUGACCCCAAGAACCACUCAUUUAACCACAAAGGUUCUCCAAUCACAUGGGAUCGCUUCACACUCUGCUAUCAGUCUGAGAAAUGCUGUUACAGUGUGAUAGUUAAGCGUCCUGCAUAACUGGAAGUGGAACUACAAAUUACUCCGUGAAGCCUGAUUAGACUUGUGCACUGUGAGCUGUUUCUGGUUUUGUGACUGGGUUGUGAUAGAGUCAACAGAGCACAAACCUAUGGGACAGUCUGACACUGUGCAGUUUUCAGCAUUAAUCAUGGCAGAGAUUCUCAAGCGUUUUCAAAGAUGGAUUGUGAUUCUGAGGUUACACUGAGCCUUCCAGAGCUGAGCAGCAAGUGUUAGCCACUCACUGCUAAUGAUGACAGAGAUGAUUCUCAACAGCAAUUGAACAAGAAGCAUCAUUCUCUUGAAUGCCCAUUUCAUCUUUAUGCUUCUAGCUUUGUUCGAUUUAGCUCAUUGUUGUAUUUUGUCAAAUGAACAGAUAUUACUUGAUAUUCUAACCAAUGUGCUUUUUGCAGAAACAAGCCAUACAUAUCCAGGCUGCAAGUACAAAUAACAAGGCUGAACACCAGCACAGUCAUUUUAACCAGUGCCUUUAUUAAUAAAGGCAUCAUUGUCACUGUACUAGUUAACUGCAACAAUCCCAUUUCACUGAACCAGCAGUGAUACUGAAAGUCCCUGGGUCUUCUUUCAUUUUGAAUGCAUGAAACUCCAGUGAGGGAAGUCCAUUUUUAAACUCGGGGCUAGAUUCAUUUUACAACACUUGCACAGAGCCUUCAAGAUGAUAAAACAUCCUGAGACAUUUCACAGGAGUGUUAUCAACUGCAUUUUGUCACCAAACACAGAGCAUGUUCCUCCAGUUCCUCAUUCACACGUUAUUUGUCUCUUUCUGUAUGACUUUGAACUUUCUCAAACAUUUUAUCAAAAUUACUUUCUUUAAAAUAACUAAUUUUAAAUAAUGUUCCUUAUUCUUUAUUUGUUCACCGGAUGAGGGUGUUGCUGGCUAGGCAGCAUUUAUUGCCCAGAGGGCAGUUAAGAGUCAACCACAUUGCACAUUAAAUAAUGUAAAGAGAUAAUACAUGACAGCAUAAAAUGGAAAGUUCCCUUAAAUUAUUUUUACAUGUGCUUAAAGGCAUAUAUCAUGGUGUUUCUUGUACUUAUUUAUUGGUUGAAGGAUUUCAGUGUUCCUAACAGAGUAUCGCUGAAAAAAAAGUCACAUUCUGUUGUAGCUUUUUGUCUGGCACUGAUCAGGACAAUUUACAAGAUAGAAAUGUAAAGAGGAAUAGCAAUCCUAUAUUGGACAAUUGUGAUUUUGAGAUUUACUAUUCUUGACUCCGUUCUUAUGAAUAUAAGAUGAAAAGCUUUGAACGAUUCUGACGCACCAGAUGAUCAGAAAGCAUGGCCUAUAAAGAACUGUCCCACCUGAUUAUAGAGUUGCACAUGUCCUUCUACUAUUUAAGAGGGAAACCAGGGAAUCGGAGACCCCAGUUUGCCUAUCAUCUAUGGUUGGGAAAUUACACCAGCCUGUAAAUGACUGAACUUUCUGAAAAUUUUCAGUGGAUCAGAGCAAACCAGUAUGGAUUUGUAAAGGAUUCAUCAUGCUUUAGAAAUAAGAGCAGGGGAAGGUCAUUCGGCCCCUCAAACCUUCCUGCCAUUCAAGAAGAUCAUAGCUGAUGCCUGAUGUACCUUUUUGAAGAGGUAACUAUGCUAGUGAAUAGAAGUAGUGAACACAAAUUGCUGGAGAAACUCAACAGGCAUGGCUACAUCUGCAAAGAGCAAACAUUGUGAGCAUUUCGAGUCCAAUGACCUUUCUUCUGAACAGUUCUGAAUGCUGGGCUUGAAGUGUUAACUCUGCUUUCUCUCUCCACAGAUGCUGCCUGACCUGCUGAGUUUCUGCUUUUGUUUCUUUCAUACUUCCAGCAUCCACUGUUCUUUCUUCUAUUUUGGUUGUCUAUGCAUUCUAUUUAUGUGGACGUUCCAAAAGCAUUGGAUAAAUCGCAAUGAGAGACUCUUGGAACUGGAAGCACAUUAUUGGCUUGAUCCCAAAAGUGGCUGAGUGGCAGGAGCCAGAAAAUUAUAAUUCUGGCUGGCAGGAUGACAUUCAACACAGGUAUUUGUUGGGGUCUCAGGUUUUGAGUUUGAGAUUGAUUAAUUGAUUCCUGUUAUUCAGUGAUAUUAAGGGACCAAUGGCAAAGGACACAAAUUGACCACGCUCUCAGUGAAUGGCAAAAUGCAGGCUCAGGAGUAAACAACCUCCUUGUCUUGUUACAUUAAGUGUAAGUCUCGUUUUGGUCAAGUUUACUAGCUUCUUUUGGUGAAGCUUACAUGUAAGACCAGCUCAUUGUUCAUCCAGUGAAUUUCUAAGUGAGCUUUGUGAUUGUGCUUUGAACAAUGGGCCAAUAAAGCUACCAUUUACACUGCAACUAAAUUGUUUCAAGUUAUCGAUUCAUGUUGAAAUUAAAACUCAAAACUAAGUAAAUCAAUAUCAACCACCUUGAUUUGUAACGUGCUUCAUUUAACAUAUAGCGUGAACCUUGGUGUAUCCUUCAUCUGUAAUUUUAAUGAAACUCAAAAUAAAUUUACAACUAAGUCCUGA